AUGCACGCCCGCGAUUGGUUUUUAGUUUUUAUUGCAAUUUUUAUUCCUCCCAUAGCAGUAUGGUUGAAAAGAGGAUUCUUUACUAAGGAUCUGCUCAUAAAUUUUCUGUUGUUUUUACUGGGAUUCAUCCCUGGUUUGAUCCACGCUUUAUACGUUAUCAGCAGCCAUCCAUACGAGGAGAACGAGGCCCAAUACUCACAUCUCGCUUCUACCGAUGACAACUAUGGUAGUUUAGCAUGA